AUGUAUAUUAGGAAUAGAAGGUGGGGUCAUUCUUCAAUUGGGCGAAGAGUGAACACAUUGCCAUUAAGGCGAGAUGCAUUAGAUAACAUCAUUGGGAUGGGUGGAGAUAGAAAUUGCAUAUGGGAGUUAAGAAUGAGUUUGAAUGCAUUUGCUAAUUUGUGUGAAUUGCUACAAGUUCAAGGUGGGUUAGAUGAAGAUGGUCAUGUUGGCAUAGGCGAGCAAGUAGCAACUUUCUUGAUCAUAUUAGCUCAUCAUACCAAAAAUCGCAGCGUACAAGUUAGAUUUUAUAGGUAUGGUGAAAUUGUUAGUAGGUAUUUUCAUAAGGUGUUAGGUUCGGUUUUGCGUGUCCAAAGUGUGUUAUUUGCAAAGGGUUGUCUAGGAGUAUUAGAUGGCACUUAUGUAGAUGUCACAGUCCCCAAGAGUGAUAAAUCUAGGUAUCAGACAAGGAAAUCUAGAAUAUCCACCAAUGUCUUAGGAGUUUGCAAUCGGAACAUGAAUUUCAUCUAUGUCCUUAGCGGUUGGGAAGGAUCGGCAUCUGAUUCAAGGGUACUUAGAGAUGCAAUUACUCGACGUAAUGGCUUGAAAAUACUUGUUGGGACUUAUUAUUUAGUGGACACUAGCUAUACCAAUGGUAGAGGAUUUUUAUCUCCUUAUAGAAAUGUCCGGUAUCAUGUGAAUGAGUGGGCUCAAGGUCACCGUGCACCACAAAAUCGCAUUCGUCGGUUAGGAAUGUGA